ACCUAAUAAUUCUCCCCCAGCCACAAAACCGACAGAAGGUUCUCACAUCUCACAAUCACUUCCUCCCUUAACGCCAGCGACUCCCAGCCUCUCUCCUCCCGGCGAAACGACGAGCCGUUAGCAACUCAGCUCUAUCGUCACCGUCUAGCCACCCGUGCCUCGCACACAAUAACCCCUCUACUGGUCGUCUCAGCAGUCGUACGCCCUCCCUCGCAUGCCGCCGCAACUCUUCUGAACUAUCAAGCCCUUCUUCUGAGCGCUGCCGCAGCAAACAGGCAGCCUCAUCUCCUUCUCCGCCGCGGCUAGCUGCAAUGGAGGGAAGUAGAUGCGGCCAGGCGUAUGGGCCGGUCACAUGGGUGGACUUAGUCGCGGGAUGGGCAGCGGCGCAUGCGAGCAGGGGAGGCCAGGCCACAGGCUAUUAGUCGGGUCGCGGACGGGCCACAUGAGUGCAGGAUGUGGGGACUUGGGCGAGUGCGGAGCCGGUAGCGUGAGCGCGAAGCACGAGAGCCAUGAUGGGCAGGCGACGGACAUGCGGGGACGGGCCGCAUUAGGGUUCUGAGGGUGCGAUGUUGUGCGUUGAUGAGGAAGGUGUGGAGGUGGGAUAGGCUGAGGAUGCUGGAGUCGAGCUGCAGGAAUUGGACCAAGAGCGAAACGUGAUUGCAAUCAUAUACAAUGAAUUUCAGGAGAUAAGCUCAAAUAACUUGUCAUACAAGGCAUCUUAGCUUUGACAAAGUACACUGCUUAUAGCAUAUCUGACGAAGUUCUGCUCUUCCCCCAUCAAUGGCGCCAUUUGUGAGGUAAGCAUGUUUGUCAUGAUCUUUGAAUAAAAGAUCAAUAAUAAUAAUAAUAGGGGGAGCAAAAAUUGCAGAAAAGAAGAAGAGAUUGAACUAAAAAACGUUUGUUCUACUAAAGGUAAGAAACAAAUGCAUCAGCUCAACUCUGUAGUUUCUAACUACACUCCUCCUCAAAUGGAUGCUUCAAUGGGUCCUCCUUCCUACCCACCAGCCAGAACCAAUGGUUCAUUAGAAAACCCCUACAGGCCAACCAGGCCCGAUCAUGGAGAUUAUGAUAGGCGUGGAGUUCGCUUCAAAUCAAAGAACUAUUCUGAAGAAUGGGACCUCCCCUCUGCACAUCAUCAGAAUGGUGCAAUCUUAACAAUUCCUACCAACUUGGGAGCAUUUGAUGAAGUCUUCUUAAGAUGGGAAAGCAUCACCAAGAACCUUGUAUCUUUGCAAGGGUUCACCGAUAAUAACGAUAAAGCUGAAUUUAUCGAAAAUCUUCUUGGUGAAGCCGAAAAUCUUACAUGGAUGCAAUGGAGAAUGGCUUUCCCUAAUGAGUACCAGACAACUAUCAACACUGCUGACGGCAGAGAAGGUACUCAAAAUAUUAUCUCCCAAAUUCGAAGAGUUUUCAUGCUAGAAGAUCCUUAUCAAGGAUCUACACUCAUCCAAGAUGAAGCCUAUAGAGACAUUGAACGUCUCUCAUGCAACAACCUGAAGGAUGUACUCCAAUUCAUGAAUGAGUACAUGAGGAUAGCUGCAAAAACUGGGCAAAUGUUCACAAGUCCGGAACGUUCUGAAAAAUUUUGGUCUAAACUCCCAGGAGAUCUUGGAAGUCGAAUCAAGAUGGCUUUCGAUACGAGGUAUUCUGGUAAUCAGGUAGGGGUCAUCCCUAGAAUCUUGUUUACAUACAGGUACCUUGAAAAUGAAUGCAAGGAAGCUACAUUCCAUAGAGCUCUCAAAGGAUUACAAUUCUGUAAUCAAAUCCCUAUUCCGGGAUAUUACAAAAAGCCUGAAAAGAAAUACGGCAUACGGAGAUCAACUACCUAUAAAGGUAAACCACAUAACUCCCAUGCGCGUAUUGAGAAAAAGAAGCAUCUUAUUAGAAACAAAAACUGCAAAUGCUUCUUGUGCGGAGAAGAAGGGCAUUUCGCUCGAGAAUGUCCUAAUGACAAGAAAAGUAUCAAAAGAGUAGCAAUAUUUGAAGGUAUUGACAUCCCUGAUGAUUGCGAAAUCGUCUCUGUCGACGAAGGAGAAGCAGAAAGUGAUGCCAUAUACAGCAUCUCAGAAGGAGAAGAUGCUAAUGAAGCAUACACCAUACAGGAGACGAUCUGCUACUUCCGAGAGACAGACCGAACAUACUGGGUCGGAAAAGCUGAAAGUUGGCAACCAAGAGUUCAGGUAACUCAACGCCAAUAUGAAUGCCAACAUGAAUGGCAAAAAUAUGAGGAUAUCACUGAUCCUCAAUAUUUAAGGUGCCACUGCUGUAAAAGAGAAACGAACAAGAAAUUUAGGAUGCAUUGUCCUAAAUGUAAUCUCACCUCCUGCGGUAUGUGUUCUCCAAAUUAUUUUGAUACUGUUCUAACAUUACAAAGAGAUACUCCUGUACAAUACAAUCCCAGGAACCUAGUACUGGAACAGACAAAAUACAUCAAAUGGUGUGAAGGAGAAAUGACUCAAAGCUGUUCCACCACUUAGAGCCGCAGAACCAGAAGAACUGCUUCAACUACAGCUUGAGAACACAAGGCUACAAAUGGAAAAUGAGUAUCUACAAAAGAAGGUUGAUGAAAACGAACAUCUGCAAGAAGAAUGUUCAGAACUCAGGGAAAAGCUUGCUGAGAUUACAGCAAGAAUUGAAGAAGAAGCAAAUGUUCUAAUCCCUGAGACAUCACAGAAAGUCGCUGCUACUGAAGAUACCACGAAAAGGGUAACAGCAAAUAGACUUUUAAGGCUAACCGUUGAAUUUGACAUUCCAGGUGUCAAGACUUUCAAAGUUCUUGCUAUCCUUGACACGGGAGCAACCACCUGUUGCAUUGAUCAAUCCGUGAUCCCGCAAGAUGCCCUGGAACCAAAUCCAUUCCUUGUACACUUCAAAGGUGUCAAUUCAGAAACAACGGCUGAUAAAAAGCUUAAAGGAGGAAGGAUGGUCAUAGGAGACCAACAAUUCAGAAUCCCUUACACUUACGCUUUUCCAAUGAAAAUUGGAGAAGAUAUUCAAAUGUUAAUUGGAUGUAACUUCAUCAGAGCUAUGCAUGGUGGCGUACGAAUCGAAGGAGAUGAGGUAACCUUCUAUAAAAAUGUCACUACUAUACAUGCUAACAUUACAUCCUCCUGUAUUGAAGAUGAAGAAUAUGGGAUGGCACAAGAAAUCGAAAGAAUGAGUGCCCAUGAAAUACAAAUACCAGCUCCCUUUAAGAGACAAUUUGAAGGAUUAAUUAAACAAUUACAAGCAGCUGGAUACAUUGGAGAUAAUCCAAUAAAACACUGGUUGGCAAACAAGGUCACAUGUCAACUGGAUAUUAAAAAUCCAGACAUCACAAUAGAAGAUAGACCAUUAAAACGUGUGACUCCACAAAUGCAAGAGUCCUUUCAAAGACAUAUUAAAGCAUUACUGGACCUUAAGGUAAUCAGGCCGUGUCAAAGCAAGCACAGGACUACAGCUUUCUUGGCAUCCUCCGGUACCACUAUCAACCCAGUCACAGGAAAAGAAGAACGAGGAAAAGAAAGGAUGGUAUUCAACUACAAGAGGCUCAAUGACAAUACGCAUAAAGAUCAAUAUAGCCUCCCAGGGAUUAAUACCAUCAUCAACAAAAUAGGAAAUUGCUCUGUCUAUUCCAAAUUUGAUCUUAAAAGUGGGUUUCAUCAGGUAGCUAUGCAUCCUAACUCAAUCCCCUGGACAGCAUUCCUUGUCCCAAACGGUUUGUAUGAAUGGCUUGUUAUGCCAUUUGGACUUAAAAAUGCCCCUGCCGUCUUCCAAAGAAGAAUGGAUUACUGCUUCAAAGGUACGGAGAAUUUCAUAGCUGUGUAUAUUGAUGAUAUACUUGUCUUCUCCAAAAAUAACCAGGAGCAUGCUGAGCAUUUAAAAAUAAUGCUGAAAAUCUGUAAAGAUAACGGACUUGUUCUAAGUCCCACAAAAAUGAAGAUCGGGGUCUCAACAAUUGAUUUCCUUGGAGCAACCAUAGGCAACAACAAAAUCCAGCUCCAAGAACACAUCAUCGAGAAAAUCUCAGAAUUCCAGGAAGACUCCCUUUCAGAAACUAAAAAUCUGAGAUCAUGGCUAGGACUCCUCAAUUAUGCCUGGAACUACAUCCCAAACAUGGGAAAAAAUCCUUGGCCUACUUUAUGCUAAAGUAAGCCCCACUGGUGAAAGGAGAAUGAACGCACAAGAUUGGAAGAUCGUCGCUGAAGUGAAGAAAAUUAUUCAUAAUCUUCCUAAAUUAUCUAUUCCCCCCUUAAAUUGUUUUAUUAUCAUUGAAACAGACGGCUGUAUGGAAGGUUGGGGAGGGGUGUGCAAACGGAAACCCCAACAAUUUGAUAAUAAAAGUCAUGAGCAAAUCUGUGCUUAUGAUAGUGGAAAAUUCAAUCCUCCCAAAUCCACUAUUGAUGCCGAGAUUCAUGCUGUCAUGAACUCUCUUGACAAAUUCAAAAUCUAUUAUCUUGAUAAAAACCAACUCUUGAUCCGAUCUGACUGCCAAGCAAUCAUAUCUUUUUAUAACAAAGCUGCCCAAAAUAAACCUUCCAGAGUCAGAUGGAUCUCCUUCACUGACUUUAUCACUGGCCUUGGCAUUCCAGUUACCUUUGAACACAUCAAUGGGAAGGAUAACUCUUUAGCUGACGCAUUAUCUCGACUUGUUUGCUCACUUUUUGCAGGAUGGCAGCCCCCAACAACGAACUGGCUGGAACAAGUGGAGAAGGCUCUAAUGGAGUGCAUCACUCACUCCAACCAAGCAACAUACCAGCUAGCCACACUUAUCAUAUCUACACUGAGUACAAGCAAAUCCUGGACGAGUUCUUCACAAAAAUGGAGCAAGGAGGAAUCCGAAUGUCUGAAGCAGCAAUCCAUGAACAAAGGCUGCACCAACUUCAUCAACGGGCUAACCAGCAAGCCCUCCAAGGACUCAUCGAACUCCACAUGGUCCAUUCCCUCAAAACUGAAGCAUUCAGAAAAAGAACCACCCGUGACAACUAUUGGGGUGACUGGCUAUCAAAGGUCAAGUAAUUCCCGUUUCAGAAAAGUAACCUCUUUUUCAAGUUUAUCAAGCUUCUCAGAAAUUCUAUAGUUAUCACGAAUAUGAAUUCGAGAUGAAAGAAAGAGUCGGUCAAAAUUUACAGCUUGAUUGUGUGCAAGAUUCUUGUUUGAUAUUUUAUCAAAAGUAGAAAGAUCAAGAUAUUCAAGGUUCGAGGUAUGAGACUUAUUAUACCAGUCUUCAAUAGAUUUCUCCCAUCGUUCUGACAUUAGAGUCUAAGUUCAAAGAAAGUUCAGAAAUUAGUAGCCCGAUAAAUCUUUAGCUCACAUUACUUCGUACAUAGUGGCUCUCUGGCCUGACGUCACUUUUCGUUCUUUUGCUCAGAUUUAUCAGAAAACUUCUCCCUUAGUUUCCGAGAAUAAAUACUGCCUUCAGAUAUUAAGGUCUUUAUUCUAAAAAGUACUAUACAUGCUAGCAUUACAUCCUCCUGUAUUGUUUAUUAUAUAAAAAUU